UAACCAAGUAGAAAAGCUAAAGACUCCGACUUCCACGGCAACGACACGCCGGCUGGCGAAGCUUUCUCUCCGCGCAACCAAUACUCUCCUCGACGUCGUAUCCACUCACUACCAACGGCCAACCACCACCAAAAGAACCCACCAGUACGGAUACACUCCCCUGCUUCCGGAACCAUUCUUGCCAACGGUCAAAAGACGUAAUUUCCUCACCUCCUGCUGGUCACCCAUUUCUCCGACUGGGCCUGAAGGACUGGACCCUUAUCAAAUGCAUCCAUAACAAUCUGCCUUCGUCUCCGUAAUACCUGACCAGGACAUUGCAAUAAAGCUUCACCAUCGGACACACAAUCACUGAGAUACCAACUCCCAGCCAGCAGUCCUGCCACCAAUGGCCUGGACAUCAUAACGAGAUAAUGAUAUUGCUAGUUGUUAAUACAAAAUGUCCCGAUCCGCAGGCCUGGACUAAUGAAAAUAAAUCCAGGACACUGCCGGUGUCGAGCUGCUAUUCCUCUAGCUCAUGGUCCUUGCUUGCAAAAGCUCCUAGCUUCUGGGUCCGUCGCCGGCCGGAUCUCGGACGGCCAGGCGGCUCUUGCGAUAGCCUGCUUCCUACGGUCUACCGCCCGCCCCAAGUGAGCUAUGCAAGCUGCCGCCCCGCUUGCAGGGCGACUUGUGGUAAGCCUCAUUUCGACCGAGGAGGCCAACUAAUUCUCCACAGCGCGUCGAGGGAGCUCGACUCGCAAGGAACCAGCCAGCUCGUCCAGCGUUUUUGCCGCAAGGGGACCGCUGACGACAAGCGUCUAGAAAUGACAGGAACGAGAAUCGAUGUCAUUGUUUCUUGCAACCGUGGCUCUUCCAGCUUCAGAGCCUUCGCUCGCCGCUCAGUUGUUUUCUGGCUCAUCGCAACGACGAUACGUCACGGUAACACGACUUAUCGCCCACGCAACACUCUCACGGGGCCGAACGGAGCCGUCCGUCGUCGAUAUGUCAGUUUAUGUCCCUCCACCAAGGCCGAUGCUAAAUCUCGAUUUGAUGAAUGCCGGAAGUCUCUACCAUCGUCACGGACAUCAGUGACACCGUCUAUCACAGGAUGGGCAGAUUUCCCACCCAAAUCAAACCUCAGUCCCAACGCUGACGUCUACUCAGGCGGACAAGUUUCAGCCGAACUGCCGUCAAGAACUGUGCCGUUUUCGGGUUGCCAAUGCGGUCGAAGGGCAAACCCCCGCCCAAAGCCGGAAACAUCAUAGUCGACGACUGAGACAUGAGCCCCGGAUGCUACGCCUGCGCAUCCGGACGCAUACAAUGAGGCCCGCUCAGGUGGGAAAGCCUUGAUAUGGAUAGCUCGUCGAAUCGAGCCUCUUUUCGGUGGAGGAAUGACGCCAGGUGGCGGUGGUUGGCCGCGGCUGACAUUUCUUUUCUUUUUAGGGUAGGCCUCUUCCCAGUGGACGAACGCUAGCCAAGUCGGCGUCUUCAGGCGAGGUUGCGCCACAGUCUCAAUUUGUUGCUUUUCCAUUCAAAGGUACACCCUACCCCCGAGACCUCCUUCCGCUUCCUCCAGAGACGUCGGAUGGAUCGGCUUGGGAUUUCUUUCUGAUCGCUGGAACACAGUGCUGUCGUUUGAGCCUCUUGCAACCUUUUCACAUGCUCACCUCACAAGAGUACCAUCAAGGCAACCAACCAGGUGUGUCUCCAGUUGACCGGUAUCUUCUUGCGUUUGUUCGAAAUCAACGAGACCUGAGCACGAUGCUCCGCGCUAUGAGGUCGCUUCUCAGAGACUUUGUUGGCUCCCAUUACACGUAACUCGAGGGACAUAUACUAAGCCUGGCACGGCCGAGUCGCACCAACCGCUGGUUGACGGUCGGGUUUUCCUCUCGCAGCUGAGCUGCGGAUGGAUACAUAGUAAGCGAUGUGAGAGUCACUUGGUUGCUGCGGGCUCGUAUCGAAAUUGCCACGAGCCUAUCCUUGUACAUCUGCCGUAUUUCUAGACUCGCAGCUUUGGCAGACUUGAUUCGAGACUUGCAUACUGGAGGGGUUGCACGAGGCAACCA